UGCGAACUUUACGUGCGUUAUUAUGAAUACUAUAUGUAGGAUUUUUGUGUAACGAUUGUUUAAGUAAUAUUUUUGUCAACUGAAAUGCUACGUAACUUGAAAAUUGUUGUUGUUAAACACAUAACUGUCAAUAAGAGACACAAAGCUGUCAACAGGCUUCUUCCGAUCGGUAGCAGAGGUAACUAAGUGACAGAAGAAAAUGCACUCUUAAUUCCAGCGCGUUAUAACUGUAAGGGCGCUGGAAAGGACACACUGACUGGCCAUGGAUGUGCUAACUGUUGUUCAGACCAAACUGAGCGCCGAAGACAAUGUGGUUUCAGUCCACGAAGCAAGCUUAAUGCAAGGAUGGGUGCGCACAUCUAGAGUUCUGGCUCUGGUUGAAAAUGAGAAUGAUCAUGCAUUGUUUGUUUUUCUGAGCUCAAGAGUGCCCCCUCAAAGUUUUACUGAUCUGACUAUUGAGCGAACAUUGCCAGUAGAUGCUGACUUCAGGUGUGAAAUAGACCCUGAAAGUAAACAUCAAGAUGGUGUUGAUGUAUAUGUCAACAUAUCUUCUUAUAAACUUAAGCUCUUAUUUGAAAUGGUGCCUGGAGUGAAAACAAGCAACUUCGUUGGAGAAUUAUUCAGAGUAAUGGAAGUCUACAGUAAAAGGAGGGGCCCACCUCCAGAAUUCCAGUGGCUUCGCAAGUAUGCUGCAGAUAAUUCUUAUAGCGCCUUAGUUAAUGUUGAAAAACCAGUAGAUGUGAAGGAAAUACAGCCUGCAACCAAGGAUGACUCGUUGGCCACCUCUCUGCUGGAGCUUGAAAGCCCGGAUAUUACAUUACCACGUCAAAGCAUUGCUAAAGGGACCACGCCUAUAGCAGCAAGGGAAAGUGUUAUUAGAUAUCAGAUGGCAAUGAAAGAACGUCAUUAUACAUACACUCAAGUUCUGAAGGUUUUCAUUGGCACUUGGAAUGUCAAUGGACAGCCGCCAACUGUGCCACUUACAGAAUGGCUUGCCCAUGACCCUGAACCACCUGAUAUAUACGCAAUUGGAUUUCAGGAGCUUGACUUGAGCAAAGAAGCAUUUUUGUUCAAUGAUACACCAAGAGAAGAAGAAUGGCUAUCUGCUGUUAUGAACAGUCUUCAUCCCAAAGCUCGGUAUCGUAAAAUUGCACUUGUGAGGCUUGUUGGGAUGAUGUUACUGAUAUUUGUUCAAGAGCAACAUGUGGCAUAUGUUAGAGGCGUUGCCACAGAAACUGUAGGAACAGGAAUAAUGGGCAAAAUGGGAAACAAAGGUGGCGUGGGAGUUCGACUAGACUUCCACAGUACAUCAAUUUGUUUUGUGAAUUCCCACUUAGCAGCUCAUGUUGAGGAAUAUGAAAGAAGAAAUCAGGAUUAUCAUGACAUUUGCCAAAGAAUGAGUUUUACGAGGUUUCUGCCACCUAAAGGGAUUAAGGAUCAUGAUCAAAUUUUUUGGCUUGGAGAUUUAAAUUACCGAAUAACAGAUCUUGAUCCGAAGAUUGUGAAGGAUUGUAUUGAUAAAAAUAAUUUAGAGACCAUUAUUGAAUUUGACCAGCUACGGCAACAACACAAGAACAAAAAUGUUUUUGUAGGCUACCAAGAAGGAUCACUCACUUUCCGACCAACUUAUAAAUAUGACCCAGGAUCAGACAACUGGGAUUCAAGUGAAAAAAAUAGAGCACCAGCAUGGUGUGAUAGAAUACUGUGGAAAGGUGAUGGUAUCAAACAGUUAGCUUACAGAAGUCAUCCAGAACUCAAAAUUAGUGAUCAUAAGCCAGUUAGUGCAUUAUUUGAUUCACAGAUACGAGUGAUUGAUGCUGCCAAAUAUCGAAAAAUACACGAGGAGGUGAUGAAAAAAUUGGAUAAAUUGGAAAAUGAAUUUCUUCCUCAAGUGAUGGUGGAUAAUACAGAAAUAAUAUUUGACACUAUUUACUACUUAGAAUCGCAGACCAAAGAUUUGAUAAUUGCUAAUACAGGGCAGGUUCCUGUCACAUUUGAGUUCAUAAAAAAAUUGGAUGAUUCAAGUUAUUGCAAGGAUUGGUUGAAUAUAGAACCAUAUGCAGGAUUUAUAAUGCCAGGUGAAAAAUGUGAUAUCAGGCUGGAAGUUUUUGUUGACAAGAAAUCGGCAUUUAAGUUGAAUUCUGGAGAGGAUAAGCUUUAUGACAUUCUAGUUCUACAUUUAGAAGGAGGAAAAGAUAUUUUUAUCACAGUUACAGGAACAUAUGAGCGUAGUUGCUUUGGAGCAUCAAUUGAAGCACUAGUGUAUAUUACACUUCCAAUACGUGAAAUACCUGUUGGCAGGCUUGUUGAACUGGAAAGCAAUAAGGAAGUAACAUCAACGCAGGAUCCAUACCCAAUACCAAAGGAAAUAUGGUUUCUGGUUGACCACCUCUACAGGCAUGGACUAAAACAGCCGCACUUGUUUGAACAGCCUGGUUUGCAUUCAGAAAUUUUGCAAAUUAGAAACUGGCUCGAUAAUGGCUCACCUGAUCCUCUGCCUGGCAGUGUUCAUUCAGUUGCUGAAGCUUUACUCUUACUUCUGGAAUCCACUGCGGAGCCAGUUAUACCGUACAAUUUACAUAAUAUUUGCCUGAAUGCGUCCAGCAAUUACCUGCAGUGUAAACAGAUUGUCAUGCAGCUGCCUGAACAGAGGAAGAAUGUCUUCCUGUAUUUGUGUACCUUUCUACAAGAGGUACUGAGUCACAUGAAUGAAAACGGCCUGGAUGCAAAAACAGUAGCCACACUGUUUGGGACAAUCUUCCUACGUGAUCCACCACGUAGUCGUGGCGAUUUGAGUUCAAGAGUUCGGACAAAUCAGCAGGCACUUGACAGGAAGAAGGCGAAUUUUGUUUACAAUUUUCUAGUGAAUGACCAAAGUGAUUUAAUACUUGGUCGAUGAAACUUUUUUAUUUUUGCAUUUGUUAAAUGUGUAGUACUUACAAGCAGUUAUACUCAAAUUAAAGUGGACCCACCUUGCACAUAUUUAUAUAUAUUGUUAUCUAAUAUUUAGAUUGCAUAUUUAUUUUAAUUAAGAAAUUCUUGCAUGUGUGUGUUUUAAUGUGCAAUUAUUUGUACAGAAGAAGCAAAUAUGUAAAGCAGUACCAUGUACUGCACUAUAGAAUAAAAUGGUUUCAGUUUAUGCUACAGCGAGAAAUUAAAUAUCAGAAAAUGUUAUCCUAGAAUAACUGAUAUUCUUGCCAUAUAUUAAAAACUGUAAUUUGACUGCGUAUCAUUGUACUAUUUCCUUCAAAAGUACAUAUUGUUUAUCCUAAGCAGGAGCCAGUAUGGUUAUUUUCAUGUGAUAACGAUGUGCACUGGAUGUAACAGUAAGUCUGACAAUUUUCAUCCAUGUAGUGAUUAGUCCUUCAAUUUUGAAACUGCAGAGUUAUGUCAUGUGUGACAUUAAAACUUUAUGAACAAAUUUACAUGGAUUUGGCUGACCCAUUACAAUGUGCAUGAUGACCAAGGGUGACAUUGUUAUUAGAUAUUAUGAAGAAGCAGUUUGGAGUUCAGUGUGUAAAUUAUAGAAAACUGUACAUAUAAAUAUAUCUUGCAACAGCUCUUCCAAGUAAAAUUACAGUAUGAUAUGCCAAAUUUUUUAGUCUUAAACAAAUUGGUUUGUUUAAUAGUGUGUACUUAGCUGUUUAAAUGCUCUACCUGUGCGUCAGUCUGCGUAUGCAGAGACAAAUGCCAAAUCGUUAAAUGCCUUAUGCCACAGCUUUAUUAUAAUUUCCUCUGUCAUCUUUUCUGAAAUUUCGAGUGUGAGGAUCAGAGCCCAAUAUAAAGCCUCUACGGCUCCCACAAAUGCUUGAUGUGGUGCAUUGCGGCAGUGAAUGGUGAAGUGACAGCGGAGUCAUCAUUUAGGAUGAUGUUUGACCUUAAUGUCUGAAAAAUUGUGUGAAACAUACUCUUCCAUCACUUCAUCAUAUUGUUCUUCUAAGGGAACAGUUACAGUGUGGCCUGCCUCAAUGGAGAGAGAGAGAUGAUCAUAACCCUCCUUGAACACCAUUCUUGUGUUUUUUUAUCUUGAUGGUUGGAGCUUGUUUCAAAAGAAUUAUAUUGUAAGUUGUUAAUUUAUCUGUGUCAGUUCACAUGUGUGUAAUAAUAAGACAUUAAAACCAUAUUUUACGUAGCCCCUCA